CAAAAUAUAAACUGUUAAUGCGUUAAUUAAGUGGCACGUGAUUGACUUGUUAUUUAAACGGCAGCUCGCCGAGUUGUAGUUGGGAUAUUGUAACCAAGAGGAGCCGUUUCAAAAGAAGAUGAUGAACGCUGAAAACCUUAUGUUGUUCUUAGUGGUGCUCGUUGCAUUUACUGCUUUUCAAUGCGGAGCUAACGCAGGUAAUACAAUGAAUUGAUUAAGACAGGUUGUCUUUUGCACAUUUCGGACGUUGUGAAGUAUUUACAAAAGUGCACAAUGCUGACACAAUUUUGUCAUUGUCAAUUGCGAUUUUCGGCUUUUUGUCAAGAAUAGGUUGUGCAUUCAUCUUCCUAACCUUGUCUCUUUAAAGAUUUCAAGCAACGAAAAGGGCAUGGUGAAGUUAUAGAAAGCUGGCGCAGAGGAAAGAGAGCCAAUUUAGAGAUCGAAAUUCAGAAUCCUUGGAAACGCGAAGUCGAUAUUGAAAAUGUAGAUUAUGGUAAUAAAGAAUCAGAGAACCAGAAUCUUGGGAACAAACGAGAAAACAACGACGAAAGCCAGAAUAUUUCAGGACGCAAACGAGGAAACAACGACGAAAGCCAGAAUAUUUCAGGACGCAAACGAGAAAACAACGACGAAAGCCAGAAUAUUUCAGGACGCAAACGAGGAAACAACGACGAAAGCCAGAAUAUUUCAGGACGCAAACGAGGAAACAACGACGAAAGCCAGAAUAUUUCAGGACGCAAACGAGGAAACAACGACGAAAGCCAGAAUAUUUCAGGACGCAAACGAGGAAACAACGACGAAAGCCAGAAUAUUUCAGGACGCAAACGAGAAAACAACGACGAAAGCCAGAAUAUUAUAGGACGCAAACGGGAAAACGACGACGAAAGCCAGAAUAUUUCAGGACGCAAACGAGGAAACAACGACGAAAGCCAGAAUAUUUCAGGACGCAAACGAGAAAACAACGACGAAAGCCAGAAUAUUUCAGGACGCAAACGAGGAAACAACGACGAAAGCCAGAAUAUUUCAGGACGCAAACGAGAAAAUAACGACGAAAGCCAGAAUAUUUCAGGACGCAAACGAGAAAACAACGACGAAAGCCAGAAUAUUUCAGGACGCAAACGAGAAAACAACGACGAAAGCCAGAAUAUUUCAGGACGCAAACGAGAAAACAACGACGAAAGCCAGAACAUUUCAGGACGCAAACGAGGGAACAACGACGAAAGCCAGAGUAUUUCAGGACGCAAACGAGAAAACAACGACGAAAGCCACCAGAGUAUUGCAGAGCGCAAACGAGAAAAUAACGACGAAAGCCAGAGUCGUGGCGGCAAACGGGAAAACAACGACGAAAGCCAGAAGAUUUCAGGACGCAAACGAGAAAACAACGACGAAAGCCAGAAUAUUUCAGGACGCAAACGAGAAAACAACGACGAAAGCCAGAAUAUUUCAGGACGCAAACGAGAAAACAACGACGAAAGCCAGAACAUUUCAGGACGCAAACGAGGGAACAACGACGAAAGUCAGAAUCGUGGCGGCAAACGAGAAAACAACGACGAAAACCAGAAUAUUCCUUGGAAAUUUGGAAAGCGUUUCAUAGAAGAGGAUGGACGUCAGAACAUUUGGGAGACAGAGACAAAAAUAUAAAAUUAUCAACGCACAAAAUGCUCAGAGAAAAUAUUUAGGAAGAAAGGGAUAUUAAUAUAAAAUACUUCAUAACAUUACUGUUGUCAACUUCAGAUAGUUAAUAAAUAUUAAUAUAGUAUAAGUAUAAACAAGUAUAUUAAUAUAAAAUACUUCAUAACAAUUGUUGUCAACUUCAGAUGGUUAAUAAAUUAUUCAAUUCAGUUUUGUGUGUCCAGUCUCAUGUGGGGUUUUAUUUUUUUUAAAAAUAUUAUUGUACAUGCAUGCUGUUCUCUGCAUUGAGGGACAAAAGAACCACUCGUCAUUUAUGUAUGUCAGGUUGGAAAUGAAAAUUGCUAAUACCUUUGUUAGAGAAACGACUGCAAAAGAUAAUUUAUAGUCACGUGUCAAAACCCAAAGCUUCGGAAGAGAAUAAAACACUAUUUGAACUUUGAAUACUCAAAUGAUAUUUAUUUCAGUUGUAGCCUUGACAUCAAUAACGAAAGUUGUGGCUAGUCCAUUAUUCUUCCAAAAAUUAAUCAACGUUUCAUAUCAGCAUGUUCCAGGUCUGUUGCAAUUUCUUUAUCUUCCCUUUAAAUUAAGCGUGUGGAAAAAAGUGAGUUAUCUAUAUAACAUCUCUCAGUGCAUAAAUUAUCUCAAGUUGAAUGAGAACUGAAAAUUAUAUUAAAAAAAUAACAACAUAUACAAAACUGCCUUACAUCAAAAUGCUGUGUUCACUUGCCCUCUUGAAAUACGAUAAGGAUUUGUUGUAUCAUAAACCAUAGGUUUCCUGGCCCGCCUUCGCAACUCUUUCUCAAACGGCCGUUUGACGACUUCAGCCACAAUAAAUAUCACUACCCACAAGCCGACAUAGGCCAACCAUAAUAUCCACACCAAGGACGGAGCAACAGCCAAAAACAGACCUAGGGUGAUGUUAAUUAUUCCACAAAGUAAGACCAGACGUCCUGACCACUUGUGCCAAACUUCCCAGAACGCUCUGCCACAAUUAAAGCCUUGUUCCGUAGGUUGUGGUCGC